AUGUCAUCAAAACUAUUUUUGUUGGCGGAUAAAAAUUAUACUAGCAGUAAAAGUAUCUACAUUAUCAUCCUAUUCUACUUCAUAAUAUAUACAUAUAUAAGAGACAUGAAUACAAUUGAAGCUGUCAAGAUUACUAAUAUUCAAUCUGUUAAAUUGAACUCAAGUGAAAAUCGAAGCGAAGAUUUAGACAAAAACCGGCUGAAUGCAAGUUGGAUAACAAAUCCAGAGUUAUUAAGUUUAUAUUCCAUUCAUAGUGACUUUAAUGAUAAUAUUACUGUUAAUAACAGUUAUCUAGAUCCUAAUGUUUCUAAUCAUCAUGUACAGCUGAUCAACAGAACUGUUAUAUAUAAUACGACAGUGAAUUUGUCUAACAAAACUAGUCUUCAGUUGAGUGAUAAUAAUAUUUAUCUAUCUGCUCAAAAUAACAAAACAUUCAGAGAAAUCGAUAACACUAUGAACAGUGUACAACACAGGGUAAAUAACAAUUUGAAAUACACAAGUGAGCAUAUAUAUUAUACUGGGGAUACGAUACAUUUGAGGUGUCGAAUUGCAAAAGGUCCAUAUCUAGUUUUAUGGAAUAAGCUGGGUUUGGAAUAUCCACUAACAAUAGGAAGAACUCGUUUUAUUCCAGAUGAACGAUUCCAAGUCCAAUAUAAGCCACCAAAUCGUUGGCACCUGAUCAUCACCAAUGCUCAGUUGAAUGACACUGGCGUAUAUUCAUGCACUACAGGUGCUGGACUGAAUACUAAUCAUACAGAUAUCAAAGAUCAGUCAGACCUGAGACACAGAGAAUAUUCAUCAGACUCCAGAGCAGGCAAAUACCUUACUCAAAUGAAAGCAGCUGAUGACACAGCCAAAAGAAGAAAUAAAGGUCGUGAAUACUAUGUUUCAGUUGUUGAACCACUGCCUUCUGAAAGAUAUCAAGUUGAUAUACCUUCCAGCAGAACAGUUAUAAAAAAUAAAACUAUAACAGUAACUGGUCCAAAUCUUGUCUUCUAUGGUACUCCUCUUGAGUUGAUAUGUCGUGUUAGUUUCCCUUCUUCUGAAGCUAAACUUGAUCCAGCAAUAUCACUUGAAUGGUAUCAUCGUGGUAUUCGCCGAUUAUCGAAUCCAUACAAAUCAGGUGGUGUAUAUAUUACAAUGAGAUGGUUAGAUUCACAUUUAUUGGAAAGUAGAUUAUUUGUAGCAUGGGCAAGUGAAGCUGAAGCUGGCCAAUGGAUAUGUUUAGAAAGAUCGAAUCCAAUCAUAAAUAUUAAUUCAACACAAUUAUCAACUUAUUAUGAAAAAUCUAAAAAUCAACCAUCAAGUGCUUAUACAUUUUCUUACCUUAAUUCGUCUGUAACAUAUAAACCAUCAAAUGUUGAUUAUGUAUACGACAAGAUUUACAUAGAAAUCAUUGACUUGCCUGACACAACGCAGUCUUCACAAUUAACACUCGUGAGUACUACACUGAAUGUGCCGACAAUAUCAUCCUCUUCACCUUCACCUACAGUGUCAUCGACAUCGUUUGAUUCACCAAAAUCUACCUUCAAUCGAAAACUUAUCCGGCCGGGUACACUUCGUGAAUCAAGGCGUAUGAAUAUUAAAGAUGAACAAUUAACUCUAGUUGAACGAUUGAUUAGGUCAAUGAGUGACUGUACACGUUUACGAGUUGACAGAGAAAUCACUUUUAUUUUUUUCCUGUUAAAUUGUUACUUUUACACCUACAUGUUACAUCACAUACUAUAA